AUGGCGGAAUCUACAGAUGGUCAGAAAAGUUGCAGCGGUCAGCGAACAGUCGUUGUGGCCAUAGACGAGAGUGAAGACGCAGAAUAUGCAUUCGAUUUCUACAUACAGAAUGUGAAGAGAGAAGAGGACAGCGUAGUGUUGGUAACGGUUCCAGAGUAUCAUGGUAUCUUCAACAGCUCGAUACUGUUCUCUGAUCCUGCUACAGUGGCUGUUUUGGUGAAAGAGGAACAAAAGAGGAUACAAUACAUAUUACAAAAGUACACCAAAAAAAUGCAGAACGCUAAUAUUGGUGGAAAGCUCCGCGAAGACGUCGGAAAAAUAGGGGAGACAAUUCUGUCUGUUGCUCGUGAAGAAAAUGCUAAUUUAAUAGUGGUUGGUUCCCGUGGUCUUGGGAAGGUCCGUCGAACGAUAUUGGGCAGUGUAAGUGACUACUGUUUACACCACUCCACGGUUCCGGUUCUCAUCUGCCGGAUGGAAGCUUGA